AUGUGGCGUCAAGAUGAAGUCCCGCAAGAUUUCAAAGACGCCACAAUCGUGCAUCUAUACAAGCGAAAAGCGAACCACCAACUCUGCGACAAUCACCGCUGCAUCUCCUUGCUGAACAUCGCCGGGAAGAUCUUCGUUCGCAUCCUCCUCAAUUGUCUGAAUAAUCACCUAGAAGAGGGCCUUCUACCGGAAAGCCAGUGCGCCUUCCGCCGUCAUCGCGGGACCACGGAUAUGAUCUCCGACGCCCGCCAACUUCAGCAGAAGUGCCAGGAGAUGCGGACACAGAUGUAUUCUACCUUCGUAGAUCUGACGAAAGCCUUCGACACGGUGACUCCUGAAAUACUAUGGAAAGUCGUAAAGAAAUUCGGCUGUCCGGAGCGAUUCACUCAGAUGGUGCGUCAGCUGCACGACGGCAUGAUGGCACGAGUCACGGACAACGGUGCUGUCUCAGAGGCAUUCGCAGUGACCAACGGAGUGAAGCAGGGAUGCAUGCUGGCGCCCACCCUCUUCAGUCUCCUGGUCCCUGCUAUGCUGAUGGACGCCUACCGCGAUGAACGCCCCGGGAUCCGCAUCGCCUACAGGACGGACUGUCACCUCCUGAAUCAACGGCGGAUGCACUUCCAGUCGCGCGUAUCCACAACCACUGUUCACGAACUUCUCUUCGCCGACGACUGCGCCCUGAACACCACCUCGGAAGAGGAGAUGCAACGCAGCAUGGACCUGUUCUCCGCCGCCUACGAGAACUUCGGUCUGGUCAUCAACACGGAGAAGACGGCGGUCAUGCAUCGACCGCCACCCAACACAGUCACCCUCCACAAUACGCCGCAAAUCAGCGUGAACGGAACCCAAAUGCAAGUGGUGGAAAACCUGCUGUAUCUGGGCAGUACCUUCUCCCGCAACACGAAAGUCGACGAUGAAGCCGCUCGCCGGAUUUUGAAGGCCAGUCAGGCCUUCGGUCGCCUUCAAAGCACUGUUGGGAAUCGUCAUGGUCUUCAGCUGAGCACGAAGCUGAAGAUGUACAAGGCCGUCAUCCUCCCGACGUUGUUGUACGGACCUGAGACUUGGACGGUGUACACGUAG